GGCAAAUGCCUUGGUCAGUGUUACUCAUUUUGGAACGGACUGAGAGAAAGCAGAAUCAAAAUGAAGAAGUUUCUUGUGUUUGUCUCCUUCUUGGUCCUGAUGACCACUGUUUCAGACACUUCACCGAUUUUGUCUGAAAAAGAGGCCAAGCAGCUUCUGAGAACUCGUCGUGAAAGCAGACCGAGAAAAGCUGGUUUCCCUGAUGAGCCAAUGAGGGAGUAUAUGCUUUAUCUCCAGCGCCUGGAGCAGAGAUCAGAAGAACAAUUCCUUGAACACUGGCUGAAUCCACAUUGUCUCCCACACUGCAACAGGGAUCUAGUGCAUCCAGUCUAAUGCUUUUGCCUACCCUGCAAUUGAUUUCAUGGACCCAUGGAUUUAUACUACGAUUGUGUUAUGGAGGACAAGAUUAUUCCUGCAUUGGCUACGUCCUCACUGUAGACCUGAACCUCUUUGCAAUGCAGUGCAAUCCUAGUGAUACAGCAAAACUUCCAGCUACAAGUGGUUAAAUAUGUUAUAGGCCACCCUAUAUUUUCUACCAGCAAUGAUUGCAUAAAUGAAUAAAUGAAUAAAUGAAUCAAAGGUUUCCCCCAGUUUCUGAGGUAUGGGCAAGAAUAAAUCCCUGAUUAGUCCUUUAAAGGGCACAGCUUCAGACUGUCUGAAGCAAGAGGAAUUUAGAUGGAGAGGUCCACAGAAAAUGGGAGAAUAUCAACAUGAAGAGGCAGCCAGCUUUCUGGACUUUGCAGGAAUCCUUAAUUGCAGUUUUCUAGGUUAAAUAACAAUAUUGCAUGAAGACAUAACAUUUACUCAACACUGUGUUUAAUCACCUGAUGAGCAUUUCAUGUAUUGUUC